CCAGCAUUGCCCCGCGUCGGCGAACAAACACCUUCCACAGAGUGCAUGCUUGACCCUGCGCAGCGCCCUGACCACACGCGCCCAGAAGACGAGGCUGAGAAGAUCUUCCACCUCGUGCUCGAGCUGACCAACCCAGAGCAGCGCGAGGCGGCGCUGCUCGAGCUGAGCAAGCGGCGGGAGACCUUCAUCGACCUGGCGCCCAUCCUGUGGCACUCCUUCGGCACCAUCUCGGCGCUGCUGCAGGAGAUCGUCGCCAUCUACCCGCUGCUGUCGCCGCCGUCGCUCACCGCGCAGGCCUCGAAUCGCGUCUGUAACGCGCUGGCGCUGCUGCAGUGCGUCGCGUCGCACCCAGAGACGCGGACGCUCUUCCUGAACGCGCACAUCCCGCUCUUCCUCUACCCCUUCCUCAACACCAUCUCCAAGACGCGCCCCUUUGAGUACCUCCGCCUGACCUCGCUGGGCGUCAUCGGCGCGCUCGUCAAGGUGGACGACCCGGACGUCAUCAACUUUCUCCUGUCGACAGAGAUCAUCCCGCUCUGCCUGCGCAUCAUGGAGACCGGCUCCGAGCUCUCAAAGACGGUGGCAACCUUCAUCGUCCAAAAGAUCCUACUCGACGAGACGGGCCUCGCCUACAUCUGCGCGACUGCAGAGCGAUUCUACGCCGUCUCGACUGUCCUGGGCAACCUGGUGGGCUCGCUCGUCGACCAGCCCUCGGCGCGGCUGCUCAAGCACAUCGUGCGGUGCUACUUGCGGCUGUCCGACAACCCGCGCGCGAGAGAGGCGCUGCGGCAGUGCCUGCCGGACGUGCUGCGCGACGCAACCUUUAGCGCCUGCCUCAAGGACGACGUCACCACCAAACGGUGGCUGACGCAGCUGCUCUUCAACAUCACAGAAUCGACGCAGCACGUGCAGUAGAGCCGACAGCCGAGUGGCGCGCGGGCCGUUGACGACUUGAGAGAGACGCGGGGGGUGUGUAUGUGUACGUCCUACCCCUACAUGUGAAAAACCAGAGG